AUGUAUCGCACCCAGCUCUCGCCCUUCGCCAUCCGCUCCUUCACCACCACCCGCCUGCUACGUCAAGACCAGCCCGACGCCUUUAUUCGCCAGCUCAGACACGAGGAGAAAGAGACACGGUCCCAUGACAUCUCUGCUACUGCUGGGGAAGAUGCUGCCCCGACACACGCCCCCGCACAACAGCGCAACGAGACUUCCUCCAUGGUCGACCUGAUGGACAGCGCCCUUGAUGGCUCAAAAGGCGUUCCCGGUGUUUCUGAACAACGCACCUCUCGAUUCGCUACCCCCUCAGCCCAGGAGAAGAACCGUGUCAAGCCUAUGGACUCCAUGGAAGACUUCCUCACUAGUCUCAAACCUGGUAACAGAUCGUCAGGCUCCUUAAACAGCCUCUACAAGCCCGAGAUUAAACCCGUCAAGAGCCUCGAUUUCACCCCCAGUCCCACCCUUGGCAAGACUGUCCAAGUCAAGAACGGUGGCGACGUCGGUCGCGCUUUCCGCGAGGUCGAACAACUUUGCGCCAGAAACAGAGUCCGUCAAGAUUUCAACAAGCAGCGCUUUCACGAGCGUCCUGGUCUCAAGAGGAAGCGUCUACACUCUGAGCGCUGGCGAAGACGUUUCAAGGAGGCUUUCCGCGGUACCGUCAAGAUGGUCAACCAGAUGAGGAAACAGGGCUGGUAA